AUCUAGUAAUGUUAUUACUGUUUUACCAAUUUACCUCCGAAACCCUGCCUCUAAAGUUCAACUAAACCUUGGCGACCAAUUAUCGGAGACUUCAAUGGCGGCGUCUUUCACUUCACCUCAAACAUUAUUAAUUAUUAAGAAUCUACAAGCGCCGACAACAGGGCGUUGCAGGCUGCUUCUAAGUUCAUCAACUUGCUUACGAGGUAACCCUCUCCGAGCUUCCAAAUCAUGGGGUGAAGAACAACGUGCUUUGAAGCGGCAUCAUAACCAUGCUGUAGCACAUUCGAGGACAUAUUGUGGAGCUAUUCAUCUUGACUGUUAUGUAUCUUGUAUUCCUAGGGUGAUAUCUGGAUUCUGGAUGGGACCUGAUAUUGAGGAUGGUUGGGGUUUUGUUGAAGCUACCAUGAACCAAAUACAUGAUACUUUCUAAGAUCUUAGUUAUUUUCUUAAUUUAAUGAUGAAAACUAGGUAUAUGAUUGUUGGUGAAA